AUGAACAUGAGUCUGGGUCCCUUGUUGUUGGUCUUCGUGCUGGGUCUGGUUGUGACAUCACCAGCUCUGGCUCAGAAUGAUGCCAGGUAUAUCAAAUUCCUGACUCAGCACUAUGAUGCCAAUCCAAAGGGCCGGGACGACAGAUACUGUGGUAGCAUGAUGGGAAAACGAGGCCUGACCUCUCCCUGAAAACAACGCAACACCUUUAUCCAUGGCAAUAAGGACAGCAUCAAGUUCGUCUGUGGAGGAAACGGAAACCCUUACAGAGAUAUCUUCAGAAUGAGCAUUUCUGAAUUCCAGGUCACCACUUGCAGGCAUACAGGAGGGUCUACCCGGCCUCCGUGCCAGUACCGAGCCUCCAGGGAUUUCAGACGCAUUGUUAUUGCCUGUGAAAACGGCUUGCCUGUCCACUUUGACGAGUCUAUUAUCAGUCCCAAGUAAGCAGGCCUCGAGCACUGGGUUGGCUCUGCUUUUUUUUUUAAUCCCCUCUUAUCCCAGAACAAUGAUGGCAACAUUCAC